AUGAGUUGGAACAUCCAGGGUGCUGCUGCUAAAGGAGUGCCUCUUCUCCUGAAGGAUAUUACUUCCAGACACAGUGUUUCUUGCCUAGCCCUCUUGGAAACUAGGGUUAGUACUAAGAAAAUGCCUCUCAUCUUGAAGUCUACAGGUUUUGAUGAUUUCUUUGUUGUGGAAGAAGAAGGUUUUUCUGGGGGAAUUUGGAUUUUGUGGAAGAAGCAAUGGGGGCAGGUUGAUAUUAUCUCCUCUCACCGUCAAUUUGUCCACACACGCAUCUCCCCCAAAGAUGGUCCUAGCUUACAAGUAACUUUUGUUUACGGUAGCCCAAACUGCACUGUUAGGGAUAUUCUGUGGCGUGAGCUCAGAAGACUAGCUAGCCAAAUCAGUGGACCCUGGUUAGUUGCUGGUGACUUCAAUUCCUACCUCAGUGCCUCAAACAAGCUAGGGGGUGGCCCUCCUAACUUGUCCUCCAUGAACAAAUUCAGAGAUUGCCUUGAUGCAUGCUCCCUUUCUGACCUUGAGUUUAAAGGCCCCCCUUUUACAUGGGAGGGGCGUGGGGUUAAGGAAAGAAUUGAUUGGGCCUUAAGUAAUGAUAAUUGGCUGCUCUCCUUUCCUGAGGCUACUAUUCUUCAUCUCCCGAGACUCAAGUCAGACCAUAAGCCUAUCCUCAUUAAGCUUGGAGGGGGGCAACGGGACGCGUCUCAACGUCCUUUUCGCUUCCUUGCUGCGUGGCUUACACAUGCAGAUUUCCCCAGGUUGGUUGAGGAAGCUUGUCCCGCAAAACCGCGGUUCAACCCGCAUGAACUCGCGGGUUAA